CUAAUCGAACCGAUUGUUGACGGAAGUGAUUCUGAAAGUGACACGCUUAAAUAUUGUAUUUGUUGUUCCAAUUAAUUUGUUGGCUUAUCAGUUUAUAAUGAACCACAUAAUUCAUAAGUGAAUAAGAAUCAAUAUGGAUUCAAACGCACUAUUUUAUUCACUUAUAUACAUAUUUAUUUGUGUCUGUUUUCUGGCCCCACCAACAGAAUUUGUAUCCAGUGGCUUAACUAUUCAGAAUCUCCUUUCAAAUUUUUUGGGAAGUGAAGACCUGAAUUUUAUUUAUUAUCACAUACGUCGAACAAGUGUUACCGUUGUCAUCCAUUCAUUUCUUUUACUAGGCUAUUACAUUGGUUUAGCAGUAUGUGCACCAGAGCUGAAACUAUUCUACAUUAAUACUCUACCCACACUGUGGCAGAUAUAUUUAUUGGUUGCUGUUAUAGUACCUAUCAUAACAUGCAUUACAGCUUUUUAUUGGUCAAGAAAUAAGUGGAAUUAUCAUCCGAUAGCCAAUGAAUUAAGAUUUCUGUCCAGUGAUGGAAAUUGGAGGUCAGUUGCAUCUGCUAUAGACAUUGAAUUCCGGCGUAUUGAUAAAUUCACUACUGGUAGUUUUGGUAGAAGAGUAAUAGUUACGGAUUCAUGGGUUAUGAAGACAUCAACAUAUUAUGUACAUGUUGCUAGACAAAGUGAUAUACAUCUUACGCUAUCUCACUCAGAAGAACAUGCAAUAUCAUAUGAAAACAAUUUAACAGCACAAUUUCUGUCAAUAUUAGUUUCAGGAAUAAAUCCGAAUCUGAAACCAUUUUAUAUAAGAUUAAAUGCCUUAGAAUAUGGUGAUUUGAAAGAAAAACUCCAUUUACCUGUUAGAAAUGUAAGAAGUAUUGUGAUACAACAGUCAUUAAGUGAUAAGUUUAUCGAGGCCUUUAGACAACAAGUAUCAGAAAAUGCUGUUUAUACAUUACCAUCUGAUAUGGUGGAAGUAGAUAAUUGUAUUGGAUGUAUGAUAAAACUUUCUAAUGUUAAAUUAAGAAAACAAUGUGAUGACUUAUCUAAUGGUGAAUGUCAACAGUGUUAUUGUAGACCUAUGUGGUGUUUAGAGUGUAUGGGUAAAUGGUUUGCCAGUAGACAGAAUCAACAGGAACCAGAGACAUGGCUUGGUAGUAUCUCACCUUGUCCUACCUGUCGGGCCAAGUUUUGUGUUCUGGAUGUCUGUCCUAUCAUGGGAAGUAACUUGUAGACAUUCUUAUCAAGUGCCAGGACAUACAUGUAUUAUCUGCAAUGGAGUAAAACUGUAAUACAUUAUUGUAAAGUGUCACCUGUCACCUUUUGUUAAUAGACAUGUUAAAUUUGAGAAAUCAUACAGUGAACAUAACCAUAUCCUAUUUUUGUAUUAUUUAUGGGGACUUACCAUAUGAAUACCAUAAACUUGUGAACACUUA